AUGCCGCAACUAACAUUUUCUGGCAAGGAAGAGUUAGCAUUGGGUGUACUGCGGCUGUAUGAAGAUGAAUUAUUGAAUUUUUUAUCGGAUUUUGAUCGGCUGAAAGAAUUUUCUUCUUUAUUGAACAAUGGCUUGUUUGAACGCUUAAAGGGAAAUUUUGGUGAUAGCCGUUUAAGAACUGUGAAGGAAAUAUGGGCGCUUCUUCAAAUCGCCCCUACUCGAACAGUACUUUUGGACCAUGUUCUCGCUUUCUUGAACGAAAGUGCGCUAGACGGAGCGAAGCAACUGAAAGAGGAGUUGCAUCGUUUGAUGGCAAGCCUUCGUAAUGAAUAUCAGGAAAAAUUGAUUAUAUUUUCUGGUAAAGUGAUGGAGCUUAUCGACCCAUCGAAAAUACGGGAAAUUCUCUCUGCGUUUCCCGAUUUUAAGAAGGUGUCGAAUUUGUUGGAUUCAGUGGACAAAUGUGGGGGAAGAGAUCCAGAACGCCGGAAGAAGUUAUUGAUUCGUGGAGUUCUUUUAAUGGAUAGGAAUGCUCAAGCAGAUUUUCUAGCAGCACUUUCAAAAUGCGGUGUGAUAGCAGAGAAAGUCGUAGAUGAAAUAUGGCCAGAUUUUGCAAACUAUUAUAGGAUUCAGGUCAUGGAUCGCCAAAAUGGUAGAGAGAGAGGUGAUGGGACUCUUCGCAUUUGUCUCCCUGGGACUAGCUUUUCCGAACUUAUGGAAUCAGACAAUAACGAUUGCACAGUAGAUCUUUAUUCCAGUUCCCCAAGUGCAUUACGCCGAAAUUUUGAAAGGGAACAAGGGCAAAGCGAUACAACUUUGAUAAUGACCAAUUUGGUCCUUGUGGAAGAAAGUAAAGUUGUUGCUCAUGCAGAGGUUUCAGGCGAAAUCAGUUUACGCGAUUAUCAGUAUGAGUUGGCGGAACAUGCAUGCCAGGGUAAAAAUACUGUUAUUUGUGCUCCAACGGGAUCAGGAAAAACCGUUGUUGCUGCUUAUAUUAUAAGAGAUCAUAUUGUGAAGACGGUGGGGGAUCCUAAAGUUGGUGUUUUCUUUUUGGAAUUAACAAUUUUUUUGAGAAGUAAAUCCGUUUUGUAUCUGUGUAUGCUUAAUACUGAGGAAAUUUAUUUCCAGAUUUGCUUCCUUGUGACAAAUACAACGUUUUUGGAUCAACAAGCGAAACUUUUUGAACGCGUUAUGCCGUUCCGUCGAGUUGCUACGCUAAGUGGUGUAGCAUCCUCGGCUAGGAGUACUCCAACGGCAGCUGUUAUUGAGAAUUAUGACAUAAUCGUUGUUACUCCGCAAAUCAUCGUGAAUCUUCUCAAGGGAAGUAAUAAGGAAGGUAGAGAACAGUUUUCACUAUCUAUUUUUACGCUCAUGAUAUUUGAUGAGUGUCAUCAUGCGUCACUUUCCCACCCAUAUAACGAAAUUAUGAAGUGUUAUCAUAGCCUGAAGUUCACGGGAGUGUCAAAUUUGGUUAGAAGGCGGCAGUUUCAGAUUAUUGGUUUAACUGCGUCAAUUGGAAUCGGUGAUGCAAAAACCUUCGAAGAUGGUCUUAAACAUUUGUUACAAAUAUGUGCACAUUUAGAUUGUACAGUAUUGAGUAGGGUAAGAAAAAAACGGGAUAAUCUUAUGUCAUAUGUGGCUCCAAAUGUUAGUGAGGUUGCUUUUCAUCCAGUUGAUCAUGAAACCGACGUUUUUUACUCUCAUGUUGUUAAACUGAUGUCAGUCUUCGAAAAACGCUUCAUGUCUAGAGGAGGUAGCCUAAGUGGUAAUGAGAAGUCACAGGAAUUUUUAAAAGAUUCAAUUGGUUGGCGGACAAGGAUUGUCGCUGAAGGUCGUCUCUUAAGGGGCUCUGACUGCGGAGAGUCUGACGAGAUUAGGGCGGUCAUGGUUGACUAUGGUCGAGUUCCCUGUCCUAAAACCUCACAAGCAUACGAGCAGUGGUAUUCAAUCCUGCGGGGUCGGGUGAUUCCUGAAAAAGUUAGGAAAAAGGAAGAUCAGCUGGUCGCAAUGGAAAGUCUUGAGUUAAUUGAGCUACUGUAUAAGACGCUGAACCUAUGCGAUCACUUCCCUUGUCAGAUUCCCCAGAAUUAUUUGAAAAGACAACUUUCGUCUAUGGAAAACCGUUUCACUAGUGAGGCUCGGAAUCUUAUUACAGAAUUUGGAAUUUUUGGUUUGGACGUUUCCAUGGAAAAGAACAAGUUAUAUGAGGCUUUGCGUGGGACACUUCUGAGGGAAUUUACAUCGAACAAUGACAGCCGUGUUCUGAUAUUUGUAAAAACCCGUGAGGCCGUAUCAUUGCUUUGUGAGUCUCUUAAUACGGAUGAUGCAUUAAAAGCAGUGGGUGCCACGUGCGGCACUCUUGUUGGUAAAUGUUAG